AUGAGAGCUGAGAGCUUCAAUGCCGCUUUCUCCUCUGGUGUCCGUACAAUUCAAAGGCCUCUGAGCUCAUCAAUUUUCGGCGUAACGAAGCCUAAACUUAUCGCUGCUGCGCCUUCUAAAAGCUCCAGAUUUACUCGAAUUUCAAUACGCUGCGCGGUUCAUUUUCGACCUUGCAUUGAUAUACACAAGGGGAAAGUGAAACAAAUUGUCGGGUCUACCCUUUCGGAUUUGAAGGAGGAUGGGUCUGCUCUUGUUAUCAAUUUUGUGUCAGAUAAGUCAGCGGCGGAGUAUGCAAAGAUGUAUAAGGAAGACGGCCUUACAGGUGGUCAUGUGAUCAUGCUUGGAGCUGACCCUUUGAGCAGAGCUGCAGCCAUCGAAGCUCUGCAUGCCUAUCCUGGUGGUUUGCAAGUUGGAGGUGGGAUCAAUUCAGAUAAUUCUUUGCGUUACAUAGAAGAAGGGGCUAGCCAUGUCAUUGUCACCUCAUAUGUAUUCAACAAUGGGAAAAUGGACCUUGAAAGGCUGAAAGACCUUGUUUCUGUUGUUGGAAAAGAGAGGCUUGUUUUAGACCUUAGCUGCAGAAAGAGGGAAGGCAAAUAUGCAAUUGUUACAGAUAGAUGGCAGAAGUUCAGUGACGUGUAUCUUGAUGAGGAAAUAUUGGACUUUCUUGCCAACUAUGCAGACGAAUUUCUAGUUCAUGGUGUUGAUGUUGAAGGGAAAAAGCUGGGCAUUGAUGAAGAGCUUGUGGCAUUGCUUGGAAAGCAUUCACCGAUUCCUGUAACUUAUGCUGGUGGUGUCACUGGAAUGGGUGAUUUAGAGAGGAUAAAAGUGGCGGGGCUGGGACAUGUGGAUGUUACUGUUGGAAGCGCUUUGGAUGUCUUUGGGGGCAACUUGUCAUACAAACAUGUCGUUGCUUGGCAUGCCCAGCAGGAAGCCUUGACUGUUUAG